UCAGGGAAUAGAGCAUGAAUAACGGUACUCCACAAUAUUUACUGAAAUGCUUCAUUGCCCCACCAACGUCGGUCAUCCAUGGCGCAUAUAAAUAAACUAUUAAAUAGCCAAUACUGGCAUUUUCGUUUGUAGAUUCAGACGAGCACUUCAGCACUGCGAGCUAUUUAUUCAGUCUUAAGAUGGCCUGGAUCUGGAAGAAGAAGUCAGUCAUAGUGACCAGUCUAAUUGUGGCGGUGUCUCUGUUUUUGGUGGUGAUUAAUUACUCAGAGAAACCCUACUUCCUGCUGCAGCCUGUAUUCGGCCAGAGCUUCAGUAGAAACUGGAUGUUCUCUCGCCCGCCGCAAAAACCCCACCGCGGCUACCUCAGCGUCCCCGACCAGGAGCCGUUGAAGCUGCAUUGUGAGGUUUGCAGUAUAGUGUCCAGCUCUGGGCAGAUGCUGGGGCGUGAAGCAGGAGCUGAGAUCGACCAGUCCUCCUGCAUAUGGAGAAUGAACAACGCACCCACGCGCGGCUUUGAGAGGGAUGUGGGCCGCAGGACAGACCUGAGAGUGGUGUCUCACACUAGUGUUCCUCUGCUAAUCCAAAAACCCCAGCACUUCUUUGGCCAGGGGAAUGAGACCAUCUAUGUGGUGUGGGGACCCUUGCGCAACAUGAGGCAGGAUGGCAAGGGCAUCGUGUACAACAUGCUGCGGCAAGCGGUGGAAAACUACCCACAUGCGCGCAUCUACGUCACCACAGAAGACCGCAUGAAUUACUGCGACACUGUUUUCAAGAAGGAGACGGGCAAAGACAGGAUUCAGUCGGGGUCGUAUCUCAGCACCGGCUGGUUCACACUCAUUCUGGCCAUGGACAUGUGCAAGGAGAUCCGAGUCUACGGCAUGAUCAAUGACACGUACUGCAAAUCAGAAGGCUACAGGAAGGUGCCGUACCACUACUACGAAGCGGGAAGUCGUGACGAAUGUGCCGAAUACCUCUUGCACGAGAGUGCCCCUUACGGCGGCCACCGGUUCAUCACAGAGAAGGCUGUGUUUGCAAAGUGGGCUAAGACACACCCCAUCAAGUUUUUCAGUCCGGAGUGGCAGCUGUCAUGACCAAGACUCCCAUUGUUUCAGAAUAUCCCCUGAUACUACAACUCUGUUGGCUCGUUCCCCCUGCAUCGUAAAGUAAUUUACACGCAAUGGCUAAACGAAUCAUUCCAAUUGCGAUGUCAAAUGGCAGUUGUCUGAGUGAAGUAAGUAUCCCAUUGUGACCAUGAAGAGACGUCUUGAUCCUAGUGUGAUCAAAUAGUGGAUUUUGCAUGUUCUCAUUUUAUACUCAUCUGGACAAUCAGUAGUGUAUUUUUUCAGAGCACACGUAUUGCAGAAAAAAUCUACAAAGAACGUCACAUCCUUGCUUUAGCUUUCAUCACCUUAUAGGUUCACUUUAGGGCUGGCCGAUAUACCAAAUAAUUUAUAAAAUGACAUCUUGAUAUUUUUCAGCAUUUUAAAUAUAUUUAUAUAUUUGCUCUGAAAUAGGUUAGGGAUUGCAUUUUUGCAUUUAAAAACAUGAGACGCAAAAAAGUGGAAUGCAAAAUAUCUACGUUUAGAGAUUCAUUUUUUACAAGUUGAACUACUUUUAAUUUGAGCACCCAGUUUUUAGACUGCUGUGUCACAUGUCAUGUUUUUUCUAACAAACCAUUUCAACUAAACAUCCACCAGAGUAUGUGAGCGGAGCAGAGUGGGAGCGGUGUGAUUUUUAAUGGAGUGAGGAGCGGACAUUUUUUAAAGUCGGAGCGUCGUGGUUUUUACUCGCUCCCAGAGCACUCCAGCAUCGCCCCAUCACGAGUACAAUUCAUGACAACAACCCAUAAUUUAUUUAAUUUAUUAUACAUUAUGAACAGAACUGUGGUAUUUCAAACACACUGAAAUAGUUUAGACGCGGAGCGGUGUUUCUGGUAUCAGUGAGCGGGGAGUGGAGCGGGAGCGGGAAACGGUGAACCCGAAGCGGAGCGGUUAUAAAAUGUCUGGAGCGCAGAGGGGAAAUUGUUGUCGCUCCGCUUCGCUCACAUACUCUGACACCCACUGUAGCCAUCAGAUUCAACAUGAUUAAUGCAAAGAAGUAAAGUAUAGGAUUUUUUCUUUUUUUUUACUCUGAAUAAACCCAAGGAAGAAUGAUAUUUAAUUGUUAUCAUUCAUCUAAACCAGUAUAUUUAAAUUUAUUUUUUAUAAACAGCCACUGUAGCCAAUUCAGUUCAUUGGAUUAUUUGUGAAAAUACGCUUUUCACCACUUGAUAGUCAUUUUAAUGAUUUGAUCAUCUGAACCAAUUCAGCUAACAAAUAGCUGAAUCAGAAUAUUGCAAAAAUUAAUUAAACUUACAAACUCUAAUGAAUUUAGAAUUUAGUAAUGCUACUAAAUCAGAUUCUAAAUCAGGAAACCUAAUAGCCAAAUUAAAAUCACAUUAAAUGUGAUGAUUCACAGUGCUGCUUAUUUUUAUAUUGCCUGCAACAUAAUCAUGAAAAUUUGCUAUAUCGUCCGGCCCUAGUUUCAUUUUUUUUUUUUAUACUAUGGUUAUUUUUGUCUCGUAGACAACAGAUGUUAGGAAAACAGUCAGUGUAAAACGUUUUACUUUCAUGCAAAACUUCCAAAAAUCAUUACCCCAAAAUCCUACAGAUUUUUUCACUACACCACUGACAUCGCUUUGGAAACAUGUAACAUUCAAAGUUCAUCCUUUGAACUGCUUAAUAGGUCAUUCAGGAACGCAUUAUUCCCCAUUUUUUAUUUAUUCCCUGAACAAAAGAAUACAUGAGUACAAUCCAGGUGUUUGUUGAUCUGAGACUGUAGAAUAUAAAAAGUGAUAUUCUGUUGUUACGUGCCAUGACAAGAAAGCAGCAUUGCUUACAAUAUCUAAGUCUGCUGUUGACAAAAGACUCGAGGAACGAUUCAGAAUAAGUGAAUUCGGAUGUUAAGACUGUGCCUGUAUGAAGUGUAGCAUAUAUUGACUCUGCAAAGCAACCUACCCUUCAGUUUUUAUGCCUUAUUUGCUUAUUUAAACAAGACACUCCUGUCCACCACCUUUCAGUAUACUGAAUUCCCAUGAGAUGAAACUACACCGUCUCUGUUGUCAGAUCAGCAGGCUAAUUUGAUCAGCUACUGUAGCUAAGUGUCGUAGCAUCAUAUAAACCAGCAGACAAUGCAGCGCCCUUGGGGCUCCCCUACUGCUUUGAGACGUCCGCUGCGCUUGACGUCGAUUUUUUUUCCCCAUCAAACACAGCGUACACUCUUUUUGCAUGUAUACCGAGAACAUUAAUCAUUGCCGAUACUGUAAGUAACACGUUUCCGUAUCAGCUUGUGAUUCUGACAUCAUCUGGCAGCUCAGCCCGGACAGCCUUUCUCUUCUAAUGCACCACUCUGUGCAUGUUUGACCAGCACUGCGACAUUGUGUGAGCACCGUCACAGUUUUUUCCCUGGAGAAAAAGAUAGACUGGAUGCACUGGCUGUGUGAAGAGAGAAUUAUAUACGGCAUGAGAAUAUGAGACCGAUACGCAGAAUGGAAAGCAGGCGCCAGUGCUGGAGCACUUUGAUGAGAUACUGCUCACUCCUCUGGCCAACCUGUUCAUUAAAACAAUUGAUGUCAGCUCAAUUUCUCAGAGUGCUGACCCAGGAUCGUCAUUUCCUGGCCUCUUGUAUUGAUUUUGUUCACCAUGUGACAUAAAACAGAGCUGGUCAAGAAAUGGCACUUUCACUCUUCAAUGUAUUUUUGACUUUAGCUUCUGUUGUUCAAGGCUCAGUCAUACUUGAUGUUCUCAUGAUAUGCACUUCAUGACCAAAAGUAUGUGGACAAUGCAAAAAUCUUUUUGUUUAGCAGUUGUUGUUUUUUUUUUUUUCUUUCUUGUUUUCCCUUAAAAAUAUAAUCUAAGACAAACACCAUAUACAUUCACUGAAGAAACUAAACACUGUAGGAUAAUUAUUUUCCAAAUUUUGCUUAUUUUCAAUGUUUUUCUUCUGUUAAACCUCAUGUGGUUUUGUUUACACUUAAAGCAAGAUGAAAUAUAAUAAUAAUAAUAAUAAUAAUAAUAAUUACAUAACUGUUUUUUUUUUUUUUUUUU